AUGGAAGGGAAGAAUGCUAUUGUUGUUUCCAUAGAAGUGCAGAGGCUAUUAGGUGCAGUUGAAAAAUUUGGAGGCACACUGGCUUUAUUAGUAAGAGCAAAAGAUGUAAUGGAGGAUGCACCAUCUUUACCACCACCCAUCAAAGAGCUAUUGGAAGAGUUUUCUAAGUUAGUGGAGGAAUCCUCCAAGCUUCCACCUCUGUUGAAGGAUUUAUAUGCUACAGAUGAUAACUUUGCUGAUAUAUGGGCUAGAGUCCAGGCUCACCAGCCUGCUGAUGGGUUCUCUAAAAUAGCGCAUUUCAUCCAUUGCAAGAAAACUAAUGAUGCUCCUCAUGUUGCAAAACUGUUUUUUCAGGAGGUUGUUCGCUUUUAUGGCGUCCCUAAGACCAUUACUUCUGACAAAGAUGUGAAGUUUCUAGCUCACUUCUGGGUGAUUUUAUGGAAGCGUUUUGGAACUGAACUUUGA